AAGGAUCCAAAUGGAGUUCAUGGGAGACCGAGCUGAUGCUGUAGAAGUUGACGAACCAGUGAGCCCGACUGGUCAGUACUUCAACAGUUCUGUGCUCUCCAUCUCCAUCCUCGCUGCUUUGGAAUCUGACAUUCCCAUUGAUGGCUCACAGACCAACUCUUUGCUUAAAACUGUUUUCCUCCCAAUAAACCCUCGCUUCUCCUCUAUCAUGGUUAGAGACGAGCACGGUGUGAAGCAAUGGAAGAGGGUGGAUGUGAAAGUGGAAGAUCAUGUUCAUGUCCCUAUCUUUCCAGAUGGGUUAUCGCCGGAAUCUUACGACGAGUACUUGCAAGAAUAUUUGGCCAAAAUAGCCAUGGAAAAGCUCCCACAAAGCAGGCCCUUGUGGGAGAUUCACUUAAUCAAAUACCCAACAAGUAAUGCAGCUGGGACUGUAGUAUUUAAGCUUCAUCAUGCACUGGGUGAUGGCUUCUCACUCAUGGGAGCUUUAUUUAAUUGCUUAAGAAGGGCUGAUAACCCUUCUCUUCCUUUAACAUUUCCUUCAUCAAGGCAGGGUCUCAUCAGUUCUGAUUCCAACAACAGAAGAAGAAGUAUCUUUAAGAGAGUGACUGAUAUUCUCUCAAUGUUCAUCAACACUACCUCGGACUUUGCAUGGAGCAUUCUCAAGAGCAGUUUCGUAGAAGAUGAUUGGACACCAAUCAGGGCUGGCAAUGAGGGGGUGGAGUUCCGGCCUAUCACCAUUUCAACUGUGACAUUCUCUCUUGACCAGAUCAAACAAAUCAAGGACAAGCUUGGUGGGACAAUUAAUGAUGUCAUUACUGGGAUAAUAUUCUACGGAACACGGCUAUACAUGCAAAAUUUGGGUCCUCCAGGUUCUAGCAAUUCACAUUCGACGGCACUGGUGCUCCUAAACACUAGAAUAAUCAAUAAUUAUCAAAUGUCACUUAAGGAGAUGAUGAAUAAACCAGAUUCCAAGUCACCAUGGGGCAAUCGGUUCGUCUUCUUACAUGUGUCGAUUCCUGAUUCGGCUGAUGCAGAAAUGGUGAACCCCCUUGACUUCGUCCACAAAGUACGGGAAAUAAUUAAGAAGAAAAGGGGGUCAUUAGGGGUUUAUCUUACUGGCGGACUACUAGAAAUGAUAAGGAAAAUCAGAGGUCCUGAGACAACAGCUCAAUAUGUCCAUAGCACAUUAAAGAACACGAGCAUGGCGAUCACGAAUGUGAUUGGGCCAAUGGAGCAAAUAUCAUUGGCUGAUCAUCCUGUUAGGGGAAUGUACUUCAUGGUGGUUGGCGGACCUCAGAGUCUUACAGUAACAAUUGUGAGUUACAUGGGAGAGCUAAGGGUAGCAGUUGGAGCAGAGAAAGGUUUCAUAAAUGAGAAAUUGUAUAUUUCUUGCUUGGAAAAUGCCUUCACAAGAAUAUUUAAAGCUGCUGUAUGCAAUCCUUGAUUACAUGGAAGUAAAAGAGGGUACAC